AGACCAGAAAAUUGUAUCGUGCAUUUUGAAGGAGUAACCUCACCACAGCUAUUGGAAAGCGUUGGCAUGAGGCAAUCAGACGACGAUUACUGUAAGCCAAGUGCAGUUGGUGGCAACAAAGAGCAAUACUGUAAAAAUGAUGGAGUAUGCUAUAGCACCAACGACGGUCCAAAAUGUGACUGUUCGCUGUCGGAUUUUGAUGGUCGUCGAUGUGAGCAAGCAUCCUCCUAUGAUGAUCAUAUCUUUAUGGUUGACUUUUCAGUGAGGCUGGACGCCGAACUGUCGUUUUUUGGAAACGAAUGGCUAGGGUAUGAUGUCAGUAACAACUCGGCAGCGACAAUAAGAUCUCGCUUUGAGAAUAUCAGUUUUGCUUUCAAAACAAUUCAAGGACGCCAAACGCUUUUUUUCAGCGGAGAUCAACUCGUAGGUUUUACGCUUUUAUCGUCACUGCAAUCGCUCUCGAUAACCAGUAGUCAUUGUGUUCUGCCGAAGUGUUUUCAUUUCGUAUUAUGUUGUAUUACAUAUUAUCCAUUUUGGGAUGAAAUGAGAAAGCUUGAUGGAUGGAUUGCUCAGAAUCACAACCAAAUUAUCGUCAAAUUCUCAUUCCACCAGCCUAAUUUGAUGCUGCUAUUAGCCGCGACUCAAACAGCUGGAAUCUGGAUUGCGUCGGGAAAUUAG